AUGGAAACGCCUACACCUACUUCAACUACGAGCAGGCCUGACGACAACGCGGUCUCCUGGGUCUGGCGACUCCUCUGCGUACUUGGUUUGGCUCUCUCGCUUUCGUCUAGCUAUAUCCUCUUCACACCUGACACUGCGGUGACCAACUAUCGAAUCGUACUCAUCGUGAUCUACGUCCUUGCCGUACUCGCACCACUAUUCACAAGGCGCGAUCGUCCACGUCAGUGGCUUGCGACAUGUUGUCACUGGUUCGGAAUCUCCGCUCAUAUCUGCCUCCUAUACCUGACAUCGCCCAACAGCGCCCUCAAGUUCUCCUUACUCCCCUUAUAUAUAAUCAUCGCUUUUCUCCUCACAGCACCAGUAAUAACUUGCCUCCUGAUUCUUGUUGAGGGGAAGUUUGACUCUGAACGGUUGGGUGCCUUUGGGGAACUUAUACUAUGGAUGGUGGACAAGCUAUCCUCGGUUUACCACAAGAUUGUAAGUUCUUUCCUUUCAUCAUUACACAAACACAGAUACAAACAUGGUUUUGGUAUUUUUCAUAGUUUCCGAAGAUACAACCCACCAACAGACACAGAGAAGUGUCCAAACAAAUCAACUUGGUGGAAAGAGAAGACUAAGACUGAAGUGGUCAGAUUGGAAACUCAGGAUUGA